AUGUCUCAAGUCGACAGCUCCACGGAUGGGAAGUCCUCAGGCCUGGCUAGGGUCUUUGGCUUUACCAGAGUCAAAUCCUCAGCAGUAUCGUCGCCUACAACCGUUGCUGCUUCUUCGUCGCAAUCUCCCUCACAGAAUUCACCAGGUUUUCCCUUCCAAACGUCCGGUUCGCCGCGCCCAGAACUUCAGUAUGCAACUAAUGGCGACCAUGCUAACGGCAUCGACGCCGCUCGAUCUGCUGCAGCUGGAGGAUCGAUACAUACCCAUCAUCUACUUUUGCAACUUAAACAUGGAAAUCCGUUGACGAUGCGAAUCAACGCUGCCGAAACACUCUGUCGUACUAUUGUGGAUUACCCUAUAUCAUCGGUCAGCACCGUUUGGCUGACAGCCCAAGAUCUUGCCGAUAUUCACAAUCCACCUGAAGCUCGUCAUGUUGCCUUCCGUUUGCUUAUCGCCUGCAUCUCACAAUCUGAGGGCUCGUCUCUCGAUCGCAUAACCUACUUCCGCGCCAUAGCAAAUAAUCACUCUACCAACGAUUUUGAACUUCAACUCGAAGCUCUCGUAUCCCUUACUAAUGCUGGAAAAGACCUCGUCGCCUUCGAACGGGAUAUUCAGCCUCUACUCUCCCGUUGGCUGAAAGCCUGGUUCCGUGAAGCUGCGGCUGCCCGUCAGGCUCGGAAACGCGAUAACUACCCCGCCACCACCUUCUCCCCAGCCGAAUCCAACCUUCAACAGCUCUUCUCCUUCCUUAUCAAUGUUGUCAAGUUUAGUUUCAAAACAUUCCAAGAAAAGGAGCUCGUCCCGCUUCUUAACGACAUUCUUACUAUUUGCAAGAAGACAACAAGCAAGGAAGAUAUCACUCGAUCACUGAUGUUCAUCGAUGCGUUGAUUACAUAUGGUUACAUCCCUAAGGCAUCACUUACGCCGUGUAUCGAGGUCCUCUGUGGCGCGUAUGCCACGAUACGAGAUCUUACGGAUGCUACCUGGAAUGCCAUCUGCAAUCUUUGCAAAUCUUACAUGGCACACAACUCCAUUCUUGCGCUGAAAGCUAUUCUAGAGUCGCCGAGUCGGAGGGAAGGUCAGUUCAACUCGAACACCCUCCGAGGGGCAGUUUGCUUUUUCGAAAGACUGCUGCUCGGUGCGGGAGAUAACGGCCUCCCUGAACUCCAGAUCUCAACAGUGAUGGGGGCCUAUAAAACAAGCUUGUCGGCGAAUAAUCCAAGGCUGGAGCUGGAUUUAUGCCGUGCUACAUACAAUAUUCUGGUCAAGAAAGAUGUUACAGACCAGAUUUCAUUUGAUGAGUGGUCUAUACCGCUAGAUAUUGUGUACCAGUGUACAGCACGUGCUGCGGAACGGGCUCAAAUUGUAGCACCAACCCCAGAUGCGGCGCAGAAGAAGGACAACAUUACCAUGGCAGUGUAUAACUCUAUUGCACAGAUUAUUGGGCAACUUGAAAAGUUAUGCACCUCCGUGGAUUUUACUUCUAGCGAAGUAGUCAUGGAUUUCUUUCUUAAGAUGCAUGGGCAUUUGCCUGAUAGUGGCGCGGAGUUGGUGAUCAACUACUACGCGACGGAACACCUAUGUUAUCCAUCGUGUAGUGCUUGGUUGCUUAACUCUAGGCGGCUGAUCGAUAUCUUUUUCAAGAAUCGAGAUAGGCCGUAUAUGAUCCGUGUUUCGAUAUUAUCGUUGAUUAAAGACGUUUAUGAGACAAUCAAAGAAGUUUGUGACGAGCACAGUUUGCAUACUCUUAUCGUGGCGGUGUUUGAUGCUAUGCCAGGGGAGAGGGAUGAGAGGGUGCUUGAGAAAUUGGUGAGGGUUGCGGUCGACGUGGCAAAGGACGGAGGCGUGCUAUUGUUCGAGAAGAUCAUGGGAGUCAUGGUUGAAUCACUGGAAAAUAAUAGCUUGCAAAGUCAGCACCAGCAACAGCAGACGGUUGAUGGGGAGCAUGGAAGAAAAGCAGACCAUAUUUCCCCAUCGAAUAUUAUUGUUAGAGGACUUACCUGGAUAUUUAUUCAGAAUUUCCAGGCGAACCCGACAAGGGCAUUAGCCGUCUAUGAUGAGCUACUCAGGAUCGCGGAAUCAAAGAACUAUGAGUUGGAUGCGAGGCUAACGGCUGUGAGGUUGUUGGUGAGGAUUAGAGCCGACUCCGAAAAUUACAUUCAUUUGGUAGAGGAUACGGAGUCGUACAGUCUAGCCACACUGUUGGGAAAGACUGAAAAAAUGGUGAAUGACUCGCCAAAAUCAGAUACAGAAUCGAUAUCUUCGGAAGGGCCUGCCGCUGGUACACUUGGGAGAAACUCUAGUUUGAGAAAUAUCAAUAGCCAGGGGACUUUGCCGCGGACGGCUAGUCGACAGAAUAUUGAGAAAUACGCUCGAGUUAAGCAGAAGCCUCCGAUGUGGGUGUAUCCUGAGGUGAACCCUUUCCCGGAGACGCUGCCACAGGUGGCAAGUCGCGAGCUUGUGUGUCGUACAGAGCCUACCCACGAUGCUAGUGGGGCUAGGAUUGCAACUGAACCUGAAAGGAAGAUCUUGAACCUCCGCAAGUGGUUGGAUAUCGUCAAUCGAGUUAUUGAGAGCGGGACCAGCUUUGAGUUCUACUCGUAUCUCAUCGUCCAUAUACCCUCCCAAUUAUCCAACAAGACACUAUUCUCGGAGUGUGGUGACCAAAUUCAGCACAUGCGGCUGAUCAUUUGCGAACAGCUCCAUACGAACAGACUUCCAAACCUCGACCUUCCCAGCGAUGUCAAAAAGGCGGACCUCGCAGUCGCCCUGAUUAACCUUCUUACGGUCCUUAUUUCGUACCAAGAAUACUUUAGCAGGACAGAUCAAGAGGCUAUCGUGAAGGCGUUCCAGCUUGGUCUUCACUCAUGGCAGAGAACUGCAAAGCCAUGCAUCCACGCUCUUUCGAUUUGCAUCUACGAGCUUCCUACUGCGACCACGAAGUUUUUGCCGGGUAUUCUUGUCAAACUCUCACAAAUCAUUACGACUGCGGCUGUCAGCGUUCACAUUCUGGAGUUCCUGUCUUUAUUAGCGCAUUUACCAUCUACAACUGUGAAUUUCACUGAACCGGAUUAUAAGAGCGUUUUUGCGAUUGCGUUCCGGUAUAUUCAGCAUACGAAGGAGACACAUCUAAACCGUUCAACAUCGUUGCACAAAGGGAAGGAUAACUCGAACCAUCACUCGCCGGAAGCCAAUCACCAUACCCAAGAGCAACCCCAAAUCUCGCAAUACGUCCUGACCCUAGCUUACAAUGUCAUCUCUACGUGGUUUUUGGCAUUGAAACUUAACGACAGGGCAAAGUAUGUUACCUGGAUUACGCGCGGUCUGAUUCUAGGCGACGGAGGACAUAGAGAUGUCCUUGAUGAACAGAGUCAGGCGAGUAUUGAUAUGUUAAGACGUUUUACGUAUGCGGAUGUGGAGGUGAAGAAUCAAGUUAAGGCUGUCCAAACGGCUGGCCAUACGACGAGUGCAAAGAGCUGGUUGCUGGGUUCGAAGAUUAUCACAAUCAAUACGUCCGUUAUUACGGGGAUCUCGCAGGUGGUUAUUCGACAACCGUCUGGAAGCUCGAGUUUCAAUUUGAGUCCAGAAUCGCAGCAAGCGCAGAGCAUUCUCCAAGGAACGUUUACGCCCGAGGCUCUAAAUUUGAAUAAUGGAACUGGGCAGGAGAGUCCAAUUGAUCGAGCUCACCAUCCUGUUUUUGAAGCUACUCGGCAGCCAUCAGUUCUUCCUAGUCAUAUGCUUAUGCAACUGACUACCGAUGUGUCAUCCGAGAUAUCCCGUCCCGUUCUCCUUCCAGAGGACGACCAGACACAGCGGGCAAUCAACGUAUUUGACCGCAUCCCAGUCGUUGACUUCCACAAAAUUGGGGUGGUUUACGUAGGUUCCAGUCAAACCGAAGAGUCCGAAAUUCUCUCCAACGUCAUGGGUUCAUCCGACUAUACCGAUUUUGUUGGCAACCUCGGAGAUCUCAUCGCUCUUAAGGGUACUACAAUCAAUACUGGCGGCCUGGACCGUGAAGUCAACAUGGAUGGCGAAUUUGCGUUCUACUGGAGCGACAAGAUUACACAGAUCAUAUUUCAUGUUACUACUAUGAUGCCCACGGACCGAAUUCAUGACCCACGAUGUACGAACAAGAAACGACAUAUCGGCAACGACUUUGUUAACAUUAUCUUUAAUAACUCCGGACUCCCAUGGCGGUUCAAUACUAUUCCCUCGCAAUUCAACUUUGUCAGCAUUGUGAUUACUCCUGAGGCAAAGACCGGAUUCCUCGCUACUCGGCUUAAGGACUGGAAUGAAGCGGAUAAAGGAUACUAUAAAGUCCAGCUCAUGGGCAAACAAGGGCUUCCAGAGAUAUCACCCGCAAGUGCAACGGCAGAAGGUGGUGGGAAGAUGGUCAGCGGGAAGAAUUUAUCUGCAUUUGUGAGGAAUUUGGCAUUAAAUGCUAGUGUCUUCUCACACGUGUAUAACGAAGGCGGAUUGGACUUUGUGAGUAACUGGAGACAUCGACUUAGAGCGAUUAAUAAGUUGAGAGAGAAGCUGGGAGUGACGGUUAGCCCUGGGAGCCGGGCUAGUGAUUAUAGGAGGAUUUCAUUGGCAGGCAGUGUGGCCAGUAGUACGGAGUUGAUGCAGGCAGAGCGAGCGGAGGCGAACGAAGUUGAUGGAUUGUUGGAGAAUGUGGAUUUUUCAAAGUGGACUUGA